AUGUCCGCCACGAACGUCGAGGAAUGGUUACAGUCCGACCGAGCAGAUGAGCCGCCACACAGGUGCAGGAAAAUAGUGCGGGAAUGGAUGACGGACGACGGCGCAUUCGUAACGUGCUGUGCUGAUGAUGGAACACAACAGACACAUCGAUUAGUAGCCAUGGCUUCUCUUUCACGUCGUGCUUGUUACAAGUGCGGAAACGUUGGCCACUAUGCCGAGGUCUGCUCUUCUGCUGAGCGCCUGUGCUAUAACUGCAAGCAGCCUGGACACGAAUCAAACGGCUGCCCAUUGCCAAGAACUACCGAAGCCAAGCAAUGUUAUCACUGCCAGGGUCUAGGUCACGUUCAGGCUGACUGCCCAACUCUGCGUUUGAGCGGAGCUGGUACUAGUGGUCGCUGCUACAACUGUGGCCAGCCAGGACAUUUGGCUCGCGCUUGCCCAAGCCCAGCUGGUGCAGGUCCUCUCCCAGGUGCUGGCCGUGGUGUUGGUGCCCCUCGUGGUGGAUUUGGCGGUGGAUUUGCUCCCCGUGGAGGAUUUGCUGCCGGUGGACCACGUCCUGCCACAUGUUACAAGUGUGGUGGGCCAAACCACUUUGCCCGUGAUUGCCAGGCUCAGGCUAUGAAGUGCUACGCUUGUGGGAAAUUGGGACAUAUCUCUCGGUAUGUAGCGCUCUGGGUCGAAAGCUCAAGUCACACACUAAUGAAUCUCAGCGAUUGUACCGCUCCUAACGGUGGACCUCUCAACACUGCUGGCAAGACUUGCUACCAGUGCAGUCAGGCAGGCCACAUUUCCAGAGACUGCCCUACAAAGACUACCAACGGAGAUCUUGCGGCUGACGGUGUUGAUCUUGGCGUUACCCCUGUGGUAGCCCCCGUUGCACCAGUCGCCUAA